AUGAGGGAUACUGGAAAAGAAGCGGAUUGGGAGAAGGAGAAGCUGACCAAUGAAUGGCAAGGGGCGGUGAGCACAGAACAGUUCAACGUAGUUCGGCGAGUCUACCAACAGGAGAGACUCAACAAAGACGCUGAAUAUCAAUAUCCCCACCACCCAUGGUCACGGCGUGUCAAGGUGUUGGUCCGCAGUUGCGGAUUCGGCGAAUGCCUUCGAAACGCGGUGCCAAUCAUAAAAUGGCUACCCAAGUACAAUUUCAAGAAGCAUUUUGUACACGAUUUCAUAGCCGGAGCAACCACCGCUGUAAUGCAUAUACCUCAAGGCCUGGCUUAUUCACUGUUAGCAAAUGCCCCGCCUGUCACGGGGCUGUACAUGGCGUUCUUUCCAAUGUUGGUGUAUGUAUUGCUGGGCACGUCGCCCCACGUCUCUUUGGGGACAUUCGCUGUCGGUAUGCUCAUGUGUGGAAAGUGUGUUCAACAGUACGCAAUUGGCACAGAGGAAAACCCUGCUCAAUAUACGGCGGUAGAAGUAAUAACUGUGCUUUCCUUCAUGGUUGGAAUAUUUCAGUUGUUAAUGUGGUGUCUCCGGAUGGGCGCCGUGUCCACGCUGCUGUCAGAGCCACUGGUGUCAGGGUUCACGACCGGAGCCUCGCUCCAAGUGCUGGCGUCACAACUCAAGGAUUUGUUCGGCAUUAAAAUACCAGCGCUACCUACCAACUAUAAAGUCAUAAAUAAUGUAAUUGAAGUGUCGAAACGCUUGCCGAGCUUGAACUGGGUGGCGGUGGCCAUCUCUUUCAUUACCUGUCUCCUUCUCGCACUCAACAAUGAACAUCUAAAGCCAUGGAUGAGCAAACGGGUUCCUAUCCCACUACCUACUGAGUUGCUGUUGGUCGUCUCGGGUACCCUGGUCUCCAAAUAUGCGAUGCUCCACGAGAACUACAACAUGACCCUGAUCGGACACAUACCUACCGGUCUACCUUUACCGCAAGUGCCUCCUUUGGAUCUAAUGGGAUACCUCGUGGUGGACGCAUUUAUGUUAACCAUGGUGACGUACAGUAUCACACUGUCCAUGGGACUUAUUUUCGCAGUCAAGGAAAAAUAUGAAAUAGACGCCAACCAAGAACUGCUGGCUAUGGGAGCUAGCAACCUGUUCGGUGCCUUCUUUAGCUGUGCUCCAUUUUGCGCUAGCCUUUCUCGAUCGUACAUACAGUACAGUGCGGGCUGCAAGACUCUAAUAACAUCUCUCGUAAGUGCUUUAUUCGUGCUGGUAGUGGUGUUAUGGAUUGGACCGUUUUUCGAGAAGCUGCCCCGCUGCGUCCUCGCAUCCAUCAUUGUUGUAUCGCUGAAGGGACUGUAUAUGCAGAUAUUGGAUCUUAAAAAAUUCUGGAAACUAAGUAAGCUGGAUGCUAUCGUGUGGCUCAUCUCAUUCCUAGUAACAGCACUCAUCAAUAUCGACGUCGGUCUGUUCGCCGGCUUGAUCGCAAGUUUGGGUGCGUUGUUCAUCCGCUCUCAGACACCCUACACGUGUAUCUUGGGACGUGUUAUGGACACAGAUAUCUACUUAGACAUCAAGAGAUACAGAGCUGCUCACGAGAUCCCCGGAGUAAAGAUCUACCACUACUGCGGAGGCUUGAACUUUGCCAGCAAGAACAUCUUCCGAACCAAACUCUAUAGGAAGAUUGGCCUCCUGCGCAGCACCACGGACGUGGUCCCAGAUGACGCAAAUUCCGUAAUAACCAAAGACGAUGGUUACAAUAGAUCUGAGUCGUAUGAGUGGGACCAUAGCGCAAGUAAUAAGUUACAAUGUGUGAUCGUUGAUGCAACGGCGAUGUCAUACGUGGACGCGCCAGGCAUUAAGGCUCUGGUUGGAGUGGAGGAAGAACUAGCCAACCAAAACAUUACUCUGCUGCUUGCAGGGCCUAGUGCCCCCGUACAAGAAAUGAUAGAGAGAUUCAACACUUUAGAGAAGGAGAGACUUAAUUUAUUGACGUUCCCCACUGUCCAUGAUGCUGUUAUGUAUUACAAAGCGACAAGCGCAAAGAAGAAUGGGACUGAUAUUACUGUAACUGUUCCUCAAUCGUGA